GUGAGCACUUCCAUGGAGUAGCAGCAUUUUCCCUCUCUGCUGUCCUUGUAGGAGACUGGAAACAAGGUGCCACGAAGGGGGAGGAUCAAUACCAUCCAGGUCUGGGGUUUUGGUACCUGGCUUCUUCAAAAUACUGGACCAAGCUCCCUGAGAGCAGGCAGCUGUUUGUGAGCGGUCAUGCACAGGCCGGAGGGGUCGGCCGGGUCGCCUCUGGUGUCCACGAUGACCCUGUCCGUCCUGGCGCUCUCUGUCCUCUGCACCGGCGUGUCCAGCCUGCCACAGCCUCAGCCCAGAGUCUUCCUCUCCUUCGAAGACCUGCAGGCCUCUCAGUCCUUUGAACACUACAGUAUAUCCGACAAGGCCAUGGACUACAGGAUCCUGCAGAUGGACGAGGACCAGGACCGGAUGUAUGUGGGCUGCAAGGACCACGUCCUCUCCAUGGACAUCAACAACAUCACACAUGGCACGCUCAAGGUGUUUUGGCCGGCGUCUCCCAGUAAGAUCGAGGAAUGUCAAAUGGCAGGAAAGGAUCCUACGCACGGCUGCGGGAACUUCAUCCGCGUGGUGCAGCCGUACAACAGGACGCACGUGUUCAUGUGUGGAAGUGGAGCCUACAGCCCUGUCUGUGUUUACGUCAACAGGGGCCGCAGACCAGAGGAACAAGUUUUCCACAUCGAUUCCAAGACUGAAUCUGGAAAAGGGAGGUGCUCCUUCAACCCUCAAGUGAACACGGUCUCCGUCAUGCUCAACCAGGAGCUUUUCUCAGGCAUGUACAUCGACUUCAUGGGGACGGACGCUGCCAUCUUCAGGAGCCUGACCAAACGUAACGCCGUGCGCACGGACCAGCACAACUCCAAGUGGCUCAGUGAGCCGAUUUUCAUCGACGCCCACCUGAUCCCCGACGGGACCGACGCCAACGACGCCAAGUUGUAUUUCUUCUUCCGCGAGAGGCUGACGGACAACAACGGGAACACGAAGAACAUCCACACCAUGGUGGCCAGAGUUUGUCCGAGUGACAUCGGAGGACAGCGGAGUCUGGUCAACAAGUGGACCACGUUCCUCAAGGCCAGGAUGGUGUGUUCGGUUCUGGAGGAGGACGGCACCGAGACGCACUUCGAUGAACUUGAAAACGUGUUUUUGCUGGAAACCGAUCAGCCCAAGAGUCUGUUGGUGUUUGGAGUCUUCACGUCCACGAGCUCCGUGUUUAAAGGCUCGGCCGUGUGCGUGUACAACAUGGCCGACAUCCUCACCGUCUUCAACGGGCCCUUCGCUCAUCGAGAGGGGCCCAAUUUUCAGUGGGUGGCGUUCCAGGGCCGCAUCCCUUACCCACGUCCUGGGACUUGCCCCGGCGGAGCUUUCACGCCGGACAUCCAGACGACAAAGGAGUUCCCGGACGACGUGGUGACCUUCGUGCGAAACCACCCGGUCAUGUUUAACCCCAUCUACCCGGUGGGGCGCAGACCUCUGGUGGUCCGGACCAACGCCGACUACAGAUACACGUCGGUGGCCGUGGACCAGGUCAUGGCCGCUGACGGCAAUUACCACGUCCUGUUCCUGGGCACAGACAAAGGUACGAUACAGAAGGUGAUCGUCCUGCCAAGCAAUCACUCCCUGCAUGAAGAUCUAAUCCUGGAGGAGCUGGAAGUGUUUAAGAACCAGGCUCCUGUUACAAACCUGAGAAUCUCCCCCAAAAAACAGCAGCUGUACGUCAGCUCGGAGUUGGGGGUGUCGCAGGUCUCCCUGCACCGCUGUCACGCGUACGGCGCCGCCUGCGCCGACUGCUGCCUCGCCCGCGACCCGUACUGCGCCUGGGACGGCCUCAGCUGCUCGCGCUUCUACCCCAGCAGCAAAAGGAGAAGCAGACGACAGGACAUUAUGCACGGAAAUCCCCUCACACAGUGCAGGGGAUUCAAUCUUAAAGCCUACAGAAACGCAGUGGAGAUGACACAAUAUGGCGUGAAGAACAACACCACCUUCCUGGAGUGUCUUCCCAAGUCUCCCCAGGCCUCCAUUCGGUGGCUCAUUCAAAGAGACAACGACAGGAGGAAAGAGGUGAAGCUGAGCGACCGCGUCAUCUCCACGCCGCACGGCCUCCUGAUCCGCUCGGCUCAGCUCUCGGACCAGGGCCUGUACUACUGCCUGACCACGGAGAACGGCUUCAAACGCACCGUCGCCAAGAUCCGCCUGCGCGUGCUGAGCGAGGCCAUGGUGAGCGUGCUGACCGACAAGCAGCAGUCGCCCUGGGCCUGGGCCAGCUCUCUGCACCCCAAGGCCCUGUUGGCAGCCUUCAGUCCUGCAGAGAGCCUGGCUGUUCAGCAGUACUGCAAAGAGAGGAAGGAGCUCCAGAACCUGCAGCAGCGGCAGCAGCAGCAGCAGCAGCAGCAGCAGCAGCAGCCUCAGCCGCCCGGACCUCUCAGGGGGGACCUGGCCAAACUGAAGCCCCUGCUGGACCGGAGGAAGAGCCGCAACCGGCGCAAUCACCUCCCGGAGGUGUGACACGCGGGGGAUGUGUGUGUGU